AUGAUUGAACAACUCAAAAACUUUAUUCGUCAUGGCAAACAUGCCAAUCAAAAAUUAAUUGGUCAAGACAAAAUGCAUUAUGAUUAUGAACCAAAGAAUCCCAUUAGAAUUGACGGUAAUCGUAUUUAUUCAGAAAAAACAAAAUUAGAUAAUGCUACAGCAGUCGCUCAAAUAGUAGCUGAAGAAAGGGUACAAAAAAGUAAAUUACCAACAUAUCAAGGAUUAGAGAGAUAUCGUAUAUUAGAGAAGAUGGGAGAAGGAGCUUUUAGUAAUGUUUAUAAAGCAAUUGAUACAGUGACUCAAGAAAAGGUCGCUAUUAAAGUUGUACGAAAAAGUGAACUAAAUCACUUACAGGGUAACGGUGAUAGGAAAAUCAUGCCAAACAUCAAAAAAUCAAACACACUUCAAUCCCAUAUCGAACACGUUUUCAAAAAUAACACUUCAAAACACACUUCAAACACUUCAAACACUGAAAUGCAUUUGCAUUGUGAUAUGAAAAAUCAGCCUCGUGCUAUUGAGCGUUCAAACGUUCUUAAGGAAGUUCAAAUAAUGCGCCAAUUGAAACACCCUUCAAUAGUUUCCCUAUUAGGAUUUUCCGAAUCACCGGAUUAUUAUUUUUUAGUCCUUGAAUUAAUGGAAGGUGGUGAAUUGUUUCAUCAAAUCGUGAAAUUGACUUAUUUUUCCGAGCAAUUAUCAAGACAUGUUAUUGUUCAAGUUGCUCAAGGAAUCAGAUAUUUACAUGAAGAAAAAGGUGUUGUUCAUAGAGAUAUAAAACCCGAAAAUAUUCUCUUUCAACCAAUUCCAAUCUUUCCUUCAAAAGAAGAGCGACCUCCACCUGAACCUAAUGGUGAAUCCAAAGAAGAUGAAGGACAGUUCAUUCCUGAAGUAGGUGGUGGAGGUAUUGGAAAAAUCAAAAUUGCUGAUUUUGGUUUAUCAAAAAUUGUAUGGGACGAACAAACCCGGACACCAUGCGGAACCCUUGGAUAUACCGCUCCAGAAAUUAUCAAAGAUGAAAGAUACAGUAAAAGUGUUGACUUAUGGGCAUUAGGCUGUGUCUUAUAUACUUGCUUAUGUGGAUUUCCUCCUUUCUAUGAUGAAAGUAUCCAGGAUCUUAGUGAUAAGGUUUCUAAGGGACAAUAUACAUUUUUAAGUCCAUGGUGGGAUAAUAUAUCCUCCUCAGCUAAAGAUUUAAUCACGCAUCUUUUGAUUGUUAACCCUGAUAAGCGGUAUACGAUACAACAAUUCUUUGAACAUCCAUGGGUCAAAGAUGAGCCUUUUCAAAGUACAGUAAAUAGGUCGGUAAUAAUUAAUCCCAAACCCAUUAAUUUGGUUAGUAAAGUUGAACCACCUCUUUAUGACGAAAGUAUUGGAACUCCUGAAGAGAGUGUUCGUCGUAAAGAUAUAAUUUCACCAGGAAUUUCGCUUAAAGAGAUGUUUGAUAUUAGUUAUGCUGUACAUCGUAUGGGAGAGGAAAAUGCACGAAAAAAGAAAAUCAAAGGACUGGAAAAGAGUGGGGGCCUUAAUCCAUUUAAAAAUCAUCAUAAUAAUCUUAACGAUGAUUUUUCCGUUGAAGCAACGAGAUCAAAUGAACCUAUAAAAACGAAAACAGGUUCCAUAAGGCAACUUACUCAAUUGAUUUCUUCUAAUAAACAACAACAUAAAGAAGGAGUACAUAGACGUAAGGGUUUUGAUCUGAAUUUAGAAGCCGCAACAUUAUUAAGAAGACGUAAAGCUCUAGUCGAACCCAAAGGCAUUUGA